AAAAUGCUCGACCUGAAUAGUAAAGUUAUUUUGCCAAACAAAAAAGAGCUCAAGUUCUUUAGACAAAACAACUUGUCUAACUGGAAUUUAAAAGACAUUAUGCAACGUUAUCAACUUAAAAAUCGCAUGUCCUUAAAAAUGGCAAACACUUGGUACAUUCAAAAAUAGACUAAUGCUACGGACACUUCCUUGGGGCUUUACCUAUGUUGCCACUUUAUAACUUCACACUACCAAAGCCUCUGCCUAACCUAAAGAUGUCCAAUUCACUUUCUCUAAUAUAAAAUACGAACUUAUCAUAAUUACACACGUGAAUGAUUUUACAUCUUUGUUGAUCAAACUAACAAUAUAAAAUUAAAAUACAUCAAUAACAAC